AACUUCAAGUUUAAGAUUGCAUAGUCCUACCCCUAUUGUCAAAUAACAUUAUCUCGUCGUCUCUGGAAUGAUUCCUUUGACAGUAUAAAGUAAUAAGCUCUCUAUUUUUCCUAUCCUUACGAAAUCUUACUAAGAUAAACUUUUGGUUCCAAAUUCUUGUUCAAGUUGAUUUGGUUACAUUAUACCUAUGAGUAUCAUUUCAUAUUCCUUAUGGGCAUCAUAGCAAAAUUGGGUUCCCACUUCUUAUGUUUAUGGUGGAACAAAGUUAAACAACAAAGAGUCUAGGUUUUGUUUGGUUUCUCCAGGAGGUGUGGUCUGAAUGGAUCUGGGAGCUACAUGGAGGAGAAGUAGGUCUUCUUCAUGUGAGAGGUUGGUGGUCAUAGUCAUGGGGCUUCUUGCUGUGAUUUCGCCUCUCUAUAUCGACCGAAGAGAGGUCAUCGAUCCAGAGCUAGAAGAGACUGCCAUAGAUUUCGAAUCUUGGUUGCCUCUUUUGCUAUUAAUCUUGAUCUUAGCCAUUGCCUUGUCCCUGUUCUUGGAUAGAUGCUUAAUCAAGUCUGAUCCCUAUUGGAUUCACAGGGUUGGUGGUUCUUCUGGUGGGAUUCUGGUUAUUCUCUUGAUUCUGGCUUUGGUUUUGAAGUGUAAAGCAUCUUUGGGAAACUGGGAGGCUUGAGACUUUAGGUGAGGAAAGAACCAGCUUUUGUAGGAAAAAAAAUACCUCUUAAGCCUUGUUUCUCUAUGGCUUGUUGACAUGUUUCUCACUUCUCAGUUUUGCAUAUCAUAGUUCUUGUAUCUUUUAUUAGAGAAUAGUAAGCAGUUAAUAUUAUUAACUUAAAUGUUUGCUAACCGGCUUAUGUUUUAUAUAUCUAUCAAGUAACAUUCCCUCCAUGGAAAAAAAUUAGGAUUC